AUGGGGGUCUGCCUGCUGUACAAGGCCGAUGAGGGAUACUGGUACUCGAACGCGUUCGACAACUACUUCCAAGAGACAUUCUCGCCUCCAUUCCGCAAAGAGUGCCCAACCGCUUUCAAGCAGUCACGGCUCCGCGAGGUUCAGAAUAUAGACGAGGUGGACCAGGACGACGAAUGUCCAGUGGUAUGA